AGAGAAAUUAGCGACAACUGAGGUAUGUGAGGGUGUGUCACCCAUCAUACGAUAGUUUUGCACCACUGUCAGCAGGAGGACAGCAAUCAAAUCGUUUGCUUAGUAACUAAACCCUUGGCUUCUCGAUAUUUUAUAUGAUGGAAUGACGACACACUCCUACAUACAUACAUAUCACAGGCACAUUGGAAGGAGGAGAAAGAAUGGAACAAACAAAAGCUGGAAAAACUACGAGCCGAACGUGAUCAAUUGUACGAUUAUGUGGAGCAAAUUCACCAGAACACAGAGCUGGUUGGCACCAGUCAUGGGCAACAACAACAAGAGGAGCAACAACAGAGUUAUGUUGCUCCAAGUAGCACAAUGGUCAAACAAGAGAUGGAUUUGAUACCGUCAUCAUCUGCUUUUGAGCCCGAGCAGCAGCAACGCAUGUUUACCCUGAAAAAGGAUGAUCAGGGACAUAUCAAGUAUGAUACCGAUGAUGACGAGGAUAUUGUGAUGCAGUCCUCCUCUGUCAUUUCAGCAAGGUUUGACACCGAAGAGUCACAUCAAUUACUACAACAACAUUCACCACCCACGCGUGUUGAUGAUACGCCAAGAAUGCUUAAGCGGACAAAAGUAUCGGUCCGCGCAGCUGAUAAUCAUAAUACUGCUACAGUCACUAGCAGCAGCAACAACAGCAGUAAAAAGGCUCAUACCAGUGGCAGCACCGGCAAACAGAUUUCAGAUCAGAAUACAGGCACAAAAACAAAAAGAGACACUUGCCGUCGCUCAUCAAACAAUCCAACUCUUGGAACAACAAGCAGUCAAGACCACCCGCCUUAUUCUUCUUCUUCUUCGCGACAGCAAGGCAGCAGUCGUCAUCACGGUGAACAAACGUUGAGAAAGCCAUUGCAGGCGAUCAAUGAAAACGUGCAAGGCCCCAACAAGAAACGUAGAGUGAAUACCAAAAAAUGAAAUGCAUUGCAAUCAUGAGUACUUCUUACAGCACUAUAUACCAAUAAAGACGUAGUACAAGCACUCUUUAAAGCGAAGUUCCCUCACACCAUUGCAUCCUCGACUGGUGCUAUUGAAAUCCAUAUUAUAAAGUCUAUGGAAUGUCUUUUUAAUUUUCUUGUCUCUCUCUCUCUCUUUAUUUCUUGUUCCUGUCUCGUUUUUAUUUUGCUUCUUUUCCCCCCUCUCUUCCCUCCUCCAGCAUCUACCUCCGUCGUCCCUCGCCUCAAUCCCUGUCCCACUGUUUUCAUUGAUUCAAUCACAUUCUACCUAGCCACACACUUUCCCACUAUCUUUCUCUCCUUCUUUUAUAAUUAUAUCACUCACUCAACAUGCUUUCAUCUUUUGCCUUUCCCGAACCACAGCUGAAGACGACAGCGACCGAUGUUC